UCAUAUAGUAAAAGUCUGUUGGUGCUCAUAUUGCAGAAAGGUGGGAGUAUGGCUAGAGGCAACCAGAGUGGAGUCUCUGAGUUCCUUCUCCUGGGGCUCUCCGAGAGGCCUGAAGACCAGCAGGUCCUGUUCUGGAUGUUCCUGUCCAUGUACCUGGUCACAGUGGUGGGAAACUCACUCAUCAUCCUGGCCAUAGGCACCGACUCAUGCCUGCACACUCCCAUGUACUUUUUUCUGGCCAAUCUCUCCUUCACUGAUGUCUUCUUUGUCACCAACACAAUCCCCAACACACUGGUGAAUCUUCAGUCCCAGAACAAAGCCAUCUCCUAUGGAGGGUGUCUGACACAGCUCUACUUCCUGAUCUCCUUGGUGGCCCUAGACAACCUUAUUCUGGCCACAAUGGCAUAUGACCGCUAUGUGGCCAUCUGCCGCCCCCUCCACUAUACCACAGCCAUGAGCCCUGGGCUCUGUAUUUUGUUCCUUACCUUAUGUUGGGUGCUCUCAGUCCUCUAUGGCAUCAUCCACACCCUCCUCAUGACCAAGGUGACCUUCUGUGGGUCCCGGAAGAUCCACUACAUCUUCUGUGAGCUGUAUGUCCUGCUAAGGCUUGCAUGUUCUGACAUCCAAGUCAAUCAUAUAGCAUUGAUUGCCACGGGAUCCCUCAUCUUCCUCACCCCCUUUGGGUUCAUGAUCAUGUCCUAUAUCUGGAUCAUCGGUGCUAUCCUCCGAAUACCAUCAGCCUCUAGCAAGUACAAAGCCUUCUCCACCUGUGCCUCCCAUUUGGCUGUGGUCACCCUCUUCUAUGGGACACUGUGUAUGGUGUACCUGAAGCCCCUCAACACCUACUCCAUGAAGGACUCAGUGGCCACAGUGAUGUACGCUGUGGUCACCCCCAUGAUGAACCCCUUCAUUUAUAGCCUGAGGAACAAGGACAUGCAUGGGGCUCUGGGAAGACUCUUCCUAGGGAAAGCCUUCCAGACGUUGACAUGA